AUGCCGAGACCGGAUACAAAUGGCUGGUCCUCAACACUGUCGGGCCACUAUUCGGAGAUCUUGCGGCGCCUGGACGACCAGGAGACGAUCUUGAGAGAGAUCCUGGAGCAAGCUCGGAAGCCCGUCCGACGGUCCGGCAUCAUGAGCCCUUCGGGUUCGAAUCUACGGCCCCGGUUGAGAGCAUCUCCCAAGGCUUCCGACGAGGACUUGGACGGGGAGUCGCCUGUGGUUGCCGUGGGCUCGGCGAACAGUGGCAUCAAGAUGCUGAGAACCUACACAGAUGAGGACUUGGAUCGACAAGUCGCCUCGAGGACGUACCACGAGCAGUUGGCGCAGCAGGUCGCCAUGGGUUUCCAGAAGAUGCAGAUGCAUACGGACUCGUGCAUCAAGAGGAUCGCACAGCACGGUGCCUUCGAGUUCUUUUUCGCAAUGGUGGUGGUGAGCAAUGCCGUGUUUAUCGGAAUCGACGUGCAGCACGCCAUCUCGCACCCAGGGCCAAGACCUGUGAGCUACAGGGUGACCCAGUACAUCUACACAGCCUUGUUCCUCUUCGAGCUUGUCAUUCGGGUGGGUGCCCAGAAGUGGAAGUACUGCAGUGCAGAAGACUGGCAAUGGAAAUGCUUGGACGUUUUCGUGGUGCUCUCCUCGCUGUGGGAGGUCGCGGUUGAUAUCAUAACAGCAAUCUACGAAGGGCAGCAGAGCAUUGAGGCCAUCCAGGGAUUGAGAAAUCUCAAGUCCUUCAGAAUCAUCCGGCUCACGCGCCUUCUCCGAGCCGUGCAGUUUGUACGGAUCUUUCGCUUCGUGAUGGCCUUGCGCAUGCUGGUGGAUUCGAUUUUCUCAACUUUGAAAUCGUUGUUUUGGGCCCUGAUCCUGCUGUGCCUGGUGAUCUAUGUCUUUGCGGUGAUGUUCGCCGAUGCUGUCAACGACUACAACAACGACGCACUCGUGGAGCAGCUGAGUGCUAAGGACUUCGAAGCCACCCAGCUUUACUGGGCCUCCUUGCCGGACAGCAUGCUGACGCUCUUCAUGAGCAUCACCGGCGGUGUCAGCUGGGUGGAGGUCCUCAGACCUUUGCAAGCGAUCUCGAUAUUCUGGUCCUACUGUUUCCUGUUUUUCGUGUCGUUCACCUACUUUGCAGUCCUCAAUGUCUUAACCGCGGUUUUCUGUCAGACAGCGAUCGAAAGUGCGCAGAACGAUCAGGCAACAAUGGUGCAAACAAUGCUCGACAGCAAAGAGGCAAUCUUGGACAAGCUGAAGGCAUUGUUUUAUGAGAUCGAUGUGGAAGAAGAACAAGAUGCUGGAAAGAAGCAUGCUGGUUCGCUGACAGUUACAAUGUUCGAAGAGAAGAUGAGGAACCCUGAUGUGCACAACUUUUUUGAGUCACUUGGACUGGAUGUUUGGGAUGCGUGGUCGUUCUUCAAACUUCUGGAUGCAGACGGAGGUGGGGCCGUGGAUACCGAUGAGUUCUUCCAGGGUUGCCUCCGAUUCCGCGGACCUGCCCGGUCGAUGGAUGUCGGGAAGCUUAUCCAGGAUCAGAAGUGGAUGAUCCACAAUCAAGGAAAAUUCCAGGAGUACGUGCAAGACGAAUUGGCCCAAGUCAAGGAGAAGCUUUGGUUACUCUGCGAUUCCUUCUCCGCCGAAGGCGACGAAGAGCCAUUUUCCAAAGAGUCUUGA